UCGACUCCUACAACGCUAUCCCUAAGUCUCUCCUCUCAGUUUUCGCUUACAGAAACGAAAGAAGAGAAUUUCCUUCUAAUCCCAAGCAUCCACUCACCAGAAUCUAGAGAAUUUAGACAACUUACAUUCUCUUGGGUUGUUGAUUGGUAACCCCCAUCUCGGCACCAGCUAGAUUUCUAGCUGAAUCAAACACGUUCUCCUGCGGGCCUCAGAGCCGCUGCAACAUUCUUCUGCAUUCCAGUCAAAGCCAACCCACGUUGGCUACUCAGCUAUGGCGCCGGCAGUCUCCGUUCAGUUGACCCAGCGAGCCCGUGUCUUCCUAUCCGAACGCUUUCCUUCCCCCUCCGAUGUUGCGGGAACAGCCUUCAGUUCCUUCGGUUCGCUGGCCGCGGGGUCCGUCCUGAAGGCCCGUGACGAAGGAGACGACAACGGUGGCCCUCCCCAGCGCCUCGACACUCACGCGGGCGUCGUGGAUGCGCAUGACAUCAACAACGUAGCUGUUUUCGUCGUUUUCGGCCUUAUCGGUGCUGCAUUUGUCUGCGUCGGCAUCUGGUUCUUCUUCUGGGCGAACAACGGCGGCUUUUACUUCAAGGAAGACGAUUGGGACGACUACAAAUCGACCGUCCUGCGGCGCAAAGGACCCAACGGCACCGUGCUCUCGGGAGCGACGCGGACGACGGAUCUGGGCGGGGGAAGCAUCUACAAGGACUUCGACGACGCCAAGACCACCGUCACCGACUCGACCGGGCUGAGCGGCAUCACGGCGGGGGCGAGCGACAUCGCGGCGCGCGAGAAGCGGGAGAAGAAGCGCAGGCGGCGGGAGCGGGAGCGGGAGCGGGAACGCGAGGCCAGCCGCAAGGAGAAGAGGCAGAGCGCCUCCGGAGGAGGAGGACGGCGCGUGGACGAAACGGGCCAGCUCAUCGACGAAGAGGCGGAGCGCGAAGCCAAGAAACACCUCCGCAGCUACCGCCACGAAAAGCCCGCCCGCGUCGGCGGUCUCAACAAGGAGUCCGAGGCGAGCGAGUGGGACGGCAGCACGAACCCGGCCGAGUCGACGGUGGUCUCGAGCCUGCUCUCCCACCGCGAGGAGACCCCGACGUCGACUCCGACGAAGAAGCCGGCUGGCGGCGGCAUUCGCAAGGUCUACAGCACGGCCGACAGGACCGCGAGCCGGGAAAAUGAACGGAUCCGCGCCGAGGCACGGCGGCUGCAGGAACGCGGACGCGCGGCUCGUGCGAACCCGCCCCGUGCGAGCUCGUCGCGGCGAGACUUCAGCUUCCAGAGGGGACACAGCACCAUCUCCGAGAGCGACGUUGGCUUGGAGCGUGGGAACCGGAUCGAGGCGCCCAGUACUGUCCCCAGUUCUGGCUGUGACGAAAGCGACUUGGGCACCCGAAGCUACCAUCAUAGGCUUCUCGAGGAGGAGGCCAGCGCUGUCGGGAGUGAGUACGCGGAGGAAAAGCGGAGGAACCGGAGACAUCGGCGGAAUCGGGACUAGGGCGGUCGUUCAUUGGCAUCUCGUUACAUCGGACGUGGUUUUGCUAAACGACAUGUCUUUUACUCCAGUAAGGAGUAAUCAGGUAAGGUAGUUAUCAAGGCAAGAGAAAUCAAUAAGGUAGUUAUAUGCUCGCCGUUCCCUCAACGCAGUAGGUACCUUAUUUAUGUCAAGGCUACUUCGUACAGUCCAUUG